AUGGAAAAAAAGGAAGGAAGUGGUGAAUUUAUGAAAAAAAUUGAGGAUAAAGGUUAUUUUCAUUCUGAUAAAUACAUUAAUAUUGAGGCAACAGAUGAAAAAGAAAUACUUAAAAAAGCUAUUCGUUCCAUUCUUGAAAAGAUAAAUAUAUACCAACAAAACGGAAGUAAUUGGUAUUUUAAAGAAGUAAUUCAUUUAGAGAUUCUUACUGACGAAUUAAAUCCGGCGGGAGGUUCUUCAUAUAUUCCUCUUCCUGAUUGGAUAAAGAAAAAAAAUGCUAUUGUUAAUAUACAAAAUAAAGAUAAUAAAUGUUUUUUGUGGUCUGUACUACGUUAUCUUUAUCCAAGAGAGAAGAAUGGUUUCCGUUUGGCAGAUCUUAAGAAGUAUGAGAAAGAACUUAAAACCAAGGGAAUUACUUUUCCAGUUAAAGUCAGAGAUAUUACUAAAUUUGAAACCCUUAAUCCUAAUAUUCCUGGUAUAAAUGUAUUUUCAGUUAAUGAGAAGAAUAAAUUUUAUCCGUUAAGAAUGGCGCUACGUGAUCCUUGUAAAACUGUGGAUUUAUUUCUUUAUGAAGAGAAUGGGAAAUGUCAUUAUUCUCUGAUUAAAAACUUUUCUCGUCUUUUUCGUUCUCAAAUAACAUCGAGAACUAAUGAGCCUAUUCUAAUAUGUAAGAGAUGUUUUACUCAUUUCACAAAAGAAGAAUUAUUAGAAAAACAUAUAAAAUAUUGCGCUAAUAAUGACUCAGUUUCUGUGAAAAUGCCACCAAAAAACACAAUGUUGGCUUUUAAAAAUUACCAAAAUCAAUUUCCUAUUCCUUUUGUAGUUUAUGCGGAUUUUGAAUGUUUUACUAAACCACUAAGUACUUGUUCCCCUAAUCCAGAAGAUUCUUAUAACUAUAAUUAUCAAAAACACGAGCCGUCUGGUUUCUGUUUUUACAUUAAAGGAAUAUGUGAUACUAAGUUUAAACCAAUUAUUUACACAAAAAAGAAUAGUGAGGAUAACGUAGCUCAAAUAUUUGUUAAUAAAAUUGCAAAAGUAACAAAUAAAAUUUACGAAGAUUUUUAUUGUAGACCAGUUCCUAUUAUUUUUUCAAGAAAAGAACUAAAAUCUUUUGAUAAAGCAAAAAUUUGUCAUGUUUGUAAAAAAGAUUUACUAACUGAGGAAGGAGUAUAUGACAAAGUUAGAGAUCAUUGUCAUUUUACCGGUAAAUACAGAGGAGCAGCUCAUAAUAAAUGUAAUCUUAAUUGCCGCAAACCAAUGAUUCUUCCAGUUAUAUUUCACAAUCUUCAAGGUUAUGAUGCUCAUUUGUUUAUAAAACAACUCGCAAGUUUACCAGGUAAAUUAAACUGUAUUCCUUCAACGGAAGAAAAAUAUAUAUCCUUUUCUAAAAAGAUUAAGGUAGAUGAGUAUUUAUCUAAUCGCACUAAAAAAAUGGUGUCGUUGUAUUUUGAAAUUCGUUUCAUAGAUUCGUUCAAGUUUCUUCAAACAUCACUUGCUAAUCUUGUUUCAAAUUUACAACCAGAAGAUUUCCAUAAUACUAAAGAAAUAUUUAAGGAAAAUGUAAACUUACUAACUCGUAAAGGUGUUUAUCCGUAUGAUUAUGUUUCCUCUAUCAAAAAACUAUCUGAAACAAAAUUACCUCCUAAAGAAGAAUUUUAUUCCAAAUUAAACGACGAGCAUAUAACAGACGAUGACCACAUACACGCGAAAAAAGUGUGGCACACGUUCGAUUGUAAAACUAUUAGAGAUUAUCACGACCUUUACCUAAAGUCUGACGUCAUACUUUUGGCAGAUGUAUUUGAGAAUUUCAGAAAAACUUGCCUCAAACAUUACAAUUUAGACCCUGCUCAUUAUUACACCUCCCCUGGUCUAGCUUGGGAUGCAUGCCUUAAAGAAACAGGGCAGGAAUUACAGCUGUUGAGCAAUUAUGAUAUGUUGAUGAUGUUUGAGCGCGGUAUUCGCGGCGGGAUAUCACACAUAUCAAAAAGAUACGCAGAAGCGAAUAACAAAUAUAUGAAAAAUUAUAAUCCUGAUAAGGAGACUACUUAUAUACAAUAUUUAGAUGCGAAUAAUCUUUACGGUUGGGCAAUGUCUCAAUCACUUCCUACUCACGGAUUUAAAUGGAUGAGAAAUCUAACAAAAGAAACUGUUAUAAAAAUUUUAGAAAAGCAGGGGGGUUUUGGGGGGAGGCACUCCCCCCGUGGUUUUAUAUUUGAAGUAGAUUUGGAAUAUCCUCGUGAUCUAAGGAAAUCACAUAAUGAUUAUCCUCUUGCACCUGAGAAGAUUAAAGUUAAUGGAGUUGAAAAACUGAUUUGCCAUUUUAAAAAAAGAAAAAACUACGUUGUACAUUAUAGAAAUCUAAGGCAGUAUCUUGAGAUGGGAAUGAGGAUUACUAAAGUUCAUAGAGGAAUAUCUUUUAAACAAAGUCCUUGGAUGGAGCCUUAUAUAAGAAAAAAUACUGAACUCAGAAAAACAGCUGCCAACAGUUUUGAGAAAGACUUUUUUAAACUGAUGAACAAUUCAGUGUUUGGAAAAACAAUAGAAAACAUAAGAAAGAGACAGAAUGUAGAACUCGUGGAUGAUCGAAAGAAAGCCGCAAAAUUAGUAAGUAAACCAAAUUUUGAAAGAUCUACAAUAUUUGUUGAAAAUCUUAUCGCUGUUCAUAUGAAAAAGACACAAGUGUAUUUUAACAAACCAGUAUAUGUUGGACAAGCAAUUUUAGAUUUGUCUAAAACAUUGAUGUUUGAUUUCCACUACAAAUACAUCAGAGAGAAAUACGAAAAUAAAGCUGAAUUAUUGUUUACAGAUACAGACUCAUUGAUGUACCAUAUUCACACAGAUGAUUUUUACAAGGAUAUUUCCCUUGAUAUAAAAACUAAGUUUGACACAUCUGAUUACCCAUCUAAUCAUCCUUCUGGAAUACUAACAGGAGUUAACAAAAAAGUAAUAGGAAUGUUUAAAGAUGAAGUAGCAGGAAAACAAAUCACUCACUUUGUAGGUCUUCGUCCAAAACUUUACAGUUUCAAAGUAGAAGAGGAUAAAACAACAAAGAAAUGUAAAGGAAUUAAGAAAAACGUAGUAAAAAAAUCAAUGGGUUUUGAUGACUACGUCCAAUGUUUAUUUUCGGGUAAAAAACAAAUGAGAAGUAUGAAAAUUAUAAGAAGUGAGAAUCAUGAUAUUUAUUCAAAAGAAGUAAAUAAAAUAGCACUAAGUAAUGAUGAUGUCAAAAGGACUAUCUUGAAGGACAAAAUUUAUACUUUGGCUCUCAGGUAAAAAAAGUUUAAAUUAAUAAAAUUUAAUAAAAUAUAAAUUAUACAAACAUGUAUGCGUUUGUAUACAAAAAAACUAAAUUUUUUUCCCAUCCUUUUUAUUGUGAUUAUUAUAGUAGUAAAGAAGGAGAAAUAUAUAGCAAAAAGAGUAACAAAAUAUUAAAACUACAAAAACGUCCUAAAGGUUAUUUAUUUUUUACUAUUAGCAAUAAAUCUGAAAGUAAACAAUAUUCAGUUCAUAGAUACGUUUACGAGUGUUUUUAUGGAAUUAUACCAAAAGAUAAGCAAGUUGACCAUAUUGAUAAUAACAAGAUUAAUAACAAUAUUAAGAAUUUGCAGUUGUUGUCCCCAAAGGAAAAUAAGAGAAAAUCUUAUAAUAAAGAAGUAAUAUCAUUUAACACUGAAAUAAAAGAAUUACAUAUUUAUAAAAGUGUUACAGAAGCUUCUAAGACCCUUGGAAUUAGUUUGUCUUGCAUAGCAACAGUUUGUAGAAAAGAACGUAAAACAACAAAAAAAAAUGGACUGGUAUACAAAUUUUAUUAUAUAACAUCAGUUUUAAGAUAAACAAAAAUAAUAAAAAAAUAAUAAAAAUAAAUGUCCUACUCAAAAGAAGAAAUAGAAAAAUAUCUAGAAAUACUCAGGAGCUACAGCAGGGGGGUUUCGGGGGGAGGCACUCCCCCCGCCUUAUGCUGUGAUUCUCCUUCCUUUAUUAUAGAUUCAGGUUAUCAUCUUUGUGAAAACUGUGGUACAACAAAUGGCCAUGUUCUCGGUUAUUACGACAUUAAAGAGUAUGAUAGAUUCCACUUUCAAAAGAAGAGCGUAUAUCAGUGUAAAUAUUAUUAUGAGAAAAAGGUGAAUCAAAUUUCUAAAAGAAUAACCUAA